CACCGGUUCGGUAAGCUUAUCACAAGUGCGAGCGAGAUGUUGACCUUUGGAACGUGAAAGUUUCAGUACUACAAAAUAGUACAAUUUUGGUUCUUACGUCGCGAGCAAAUAUCCGUUCUAAACCGGCAGUGCAAUGGCAAAAACUCUCCGCUAUUACUAUGACCUUAUGUCGCAACCAAGCAGAGCGUUGUACAUAUUUCUGGAGAAGACAAAAAUUCCCUACGAAAGAUGUCUGGUUAACUUGGGCAAAGGUGAACAUCUAACGGACGAGUUCAAGGCGAUUAAUCGCUUCCAAAAGGUACCCUGCAUAGUGGAUAAAGAGCUGCACCUGGCGGAAAGUGUAGCCAUUCUGCGAUAUCUAGCCCGUGAGUACAAAAUUCCGGAUCACUGGUAUCCGGCGGAGAGUCGCCAGCGGGCACGCAUCGAUGAGUAUCUGGAGUGGCAGCACCACAAUACCCGCGCCACCGGAGCAGUUUACUUCCAGUACAUGUGGCUCCGUCCGAGGUUGAUGGGCGCCAAGGUGAACCCGGAACGGGCCGAGCAGUACCGCGAGCAGUUGGCCAAUUGUUUGGAUUUCAUCGACCAAGUGUAUCUCGGAAAAGACAGCAAGUUUCUGGCUAGCGAUGAAAUUUCCGUUGCAGAUGUGUGGGCUGCCUGUGAAAUUGAGCAACCGAAAAUGGCAGGAUACGAUGUGUGCGCUGGAAGACCCAAUCUGACUGCUUGGAUGGCACGGGUCCGGGAGGCGACAAAUCCGUACUACGACGAGGCACACAAGCUGGUGUACAAGAUCACUCCGGAAGGCAUUCCCAAGCCCAAACUUUAAGUAGGGUUCUAGAUUGGUACAAUAAAUGGUGGAAGGCAAAAAUACAA